GGGUGGAUCUCGGUAGAAACACUGAUGUUGAUGAUAAAUACUGCUGUCAUCUCAACCAGAUCACAUUCACUGCUUCAUCAUGGACUUCGAUCUGGACUCAGCUGUUGGAGAUGAUGAGGUGAAGAAGCAGGAGGGCAACGAGGUGGAGGGCAUCUUUGGGUUUGGAAAAAAAGAUAAAGACAAAGAAGAAAAAGAAAAAGAUAAAGAGUGUAAGGACAAGGACAAAGGUAGUGACAAGCCAAAGAGUGAUUGCAAAGAAGAGGAUAAAGACAAGGACAAGUGCAAAGACAAAGAGAAGGACAAGAGCAAAGACAAAGAGAAGGACAAGUGCAAAGACAAGGAAAAGAAGAAGGAUAAAGAGCACAAAAAGGGGCACGGACAUGGUCAUGGACACGGACAUGGUCAUGGUCGGGGACGUGGACGCGGACGCGGACACAGGUCAUCCUCUUCAUCCAGUGAUGAGGACUAAAGCUGAAGACUGAAGACAUAAGGGGGCCGGGGCAAGUUGUCACACAGGGAAAAUGUCCUAAGGGAUUUAUUUUUAUAGCAACUGUGAGGUUUUGAGUCAAAAAAUCCAAUUGCACAAAUGCUUGUUUUCUAGCAGUGGUUUUAUAUGUUGGUUUCAAACACCUAGUUGCACCAUUUGUAUUAAAUUAGGAUAAUGUUUUUGGAAUUUUGUCCUACAAACUAAAAUUUCAGUACUAUUAUCUUUUUAUAAAUUGGUGCGAGCUGUUACAUGAGUUCUGUGAUGUACUGCAUAUACAGUAUCUAUGAAAAUCUCCUGGUAUUUUUUUGUUUUUACAUUUUUUAGCAGUUUGUUUUACUGUUAAAGACAUUAUAUAGCCUGUAAUACAUUUGAAAUAUUAUAUUGUGGAAAAUGGAUUGAUUUUAUGUAUGUUACAAAUAAUGUUUGUUUUCUCAAAACAAUUCCCAUUCUUGUGAUUUAUCCCAUAUAUAGUGACAACAUGGCCCACUAAACAUAAGUCAACAUAAUGAACUGUAGGCUAUAUUUAUACUGGAUAAUAAUGAUAGACAUGUCCAAUAGUUGUUUCAGGUUGGUGACUAUUGAAAAAGCGACAUAAGUGACUUUUCAAAAUAAACUUUUUUGAAAUUAAUUGGUAUAAAAAG